UUCUUCCAUGCCACUCCAAGCUUGGCCCCUCUGCAACUCUACCCACCAACAAUGGACGCCAUCUCCUCUCCCUUUCUUGCUCCAUUUCCCCAACUGAGCCUCAGUUCCGUUUCUCCUAAAACCACUCCAUCCCGCAUCACCUUUCCGACCAUUACCAACGUCAGAAUAGAAGAGAGACCCCAAACUCAACUCAAACCUCAGUCUCCAGCAGCUACUGCCACUACCACUACCACAACAACAAUAGCAGCUCCGCCUCCCCCUUCUUCUAAAGAGCGAAUUAAUGGCAGAAGAGCAGAAGCACCUUCUCUGCCAUUGGAGCAAGCUCGUCUUGUUAGACUACCUUCUAGGAUAUCAUCUCCACCAUCACUUCCUGUAACCAUCUGCAACAUUUUGGACGAUCUGAUAAACAACUUCAUCGACAGACCGCUGCGGUCGUCUAUUAACCCCAAGGAUGUCUUGGCCAACAACUGCGCCCCCGUCGGGGAGCUGCUUCCCACCAAAUGCACCGUCCAAGGGCGGCUCCCAAGCUGCCUGGACGGUGCCUACAUCCGCAACGGGCCGAACCCGCGGUUCGUUCCAAGGGCCGGCUACCAUCUGUUCGACGGCGACGGGAUGCUGCAUGCCAUGCGUAUCUCCAGCGGCCAGGCCACGUUCUGCAGCCGCUUCGUCCGGACGUACAAGUUCACCCAGGAGGAGGAGGCGGGGUCACCGAUCUAUCCAAACUAUUUUGCGGGAUUCGAGGGCGCCGCAGGGCUCGCGAGAGGCGGCGUGCUCGCGGUGAGGGCACUCACCGGCCAGUUCAACCCCUUGAAUGGCGCGGGACUCGCCAACACAAGCCUUGUGUUCAUGGACAACAAGCUUAUGGCAUUGGGGGAGUCGGAUCUCCCCUAUGAGGUGCGGGUCACGCCGGAUGGCGACGUUGAAACGAUCGGCCAGUGGAACUUCGGCGGGAAGCUCACGAUGGGCAUGACUGCGCACCCCAAGAUUGACCCUGUGACCGGCGAGGUCUUCUCCUUCCGAUACGGUCCCAUCCCCCCGUUUCUCAAUUACUUUCGAAUCGGCAGCGAUGGUUCGAAGCAACCAGACGUCCCCAUCUUCUCCUUCCAGCAGCCUUCCUUCGUGCACGACUUCGCCAUCACCCAGCGCUAUGCCAUCUUCCCCGACAUGCAGAUCGUCAUGAAACCGCUGGACAUGCUCACCGGAGAGGGGCCGCCAGUGGGCUAUGAUGCCGGGAAGGUAGCACGUAUCGGGGUGAUCCCACGCUACGCGACCGACGAUUCAGAGAUGAAGUGGAUUGAGGUGCCGGGAUUCAACUUCGUGCACACGGUGAAUGCGUGGGACGAGAAGGGAGGGGAGGAGGUGGUGCUGGUGGCAGCGAACACCAUACCGGUGGAGCACAUGCUAGAGAGGAUGGAUCUGCUCCACUGCUGCGUAGAGAUGGUGCGGAUCAACCUCAAGGAAGGGAAGGUGGUGGGGAGGAAGCCACUGUCGACCAGAAAUCUGGAGUGGGGGGUUAUCAACCCCAAGUUUCUGGGAAGGAAGAAUCGCUUUGCGUUCAUGGCGAUUGGAGAUCCGACUCCCAAGGUCAAAGGCAUUGUGAAACUGGACUUCGAUCAGGCGGGUGAGGAUGACUGCGUGGUAGCCGCCAGGAGUUUUGGGGAAAGAUGCUUUGCUGGGGAGCCAUUUUUUGUAGGGAACAAGGAAGGUGGCGAUGAAGACGAUGGCUAUGUGUUGACUUACACGCAGGACGAGGGAAGCGGGCAAUCGAGGUUCGUGGUGAUGGACGCCAAGUCCCCCACUCUCGACAUUGUGGCGUCUGUUAGGCUGCCGCAGAGAGUUCCUUACGGCUUUCAUGGCCUCUUUGUCAGUGAAAAGGAUCUGCAGAAGCAGAAGAAUUGGAAACGAUACAAGAAUUGACAUAUCUACACAAAGUUCGAACACAGAUAAGUCAGUUUAGGGGAUGCAGAUGAUGAAGAAGAUCAGAAGAGGAGGUAGAAGAAGAAAGAAUUACUGUGGAUUAAUGUUCAUGGCUUGUGAUUAGUAUUUAAAUUGGUCAUUUGUGUUGGCGCAUGAUCGUUUACGGAUGAAAAAAUUGUGUGGUUGUACUGCGCAGAAUGAUGUUGGUGCAUGUACUGCGAAGUCCCUACAGCAUUCUCCAUUCGGUCGUCACUGUCGUCGUUGCAAUAACUUGAAUCACCAGGGCACUAUAUUUUUCAUUGAAGAUUUUUUUUUUUCCUUUGAAUGUAUUUUUGUUGUUUCCACAGAUAUUUUUUUAGUUUCUCAUUUUGUCUUUAUAAGAGACUCCUUUUUUCGUUUCUUCCAACCCGUAAAGGAGGGAAGGUAUUUUGGUAAUUUAUUAAAAAAAAUAUCUUUCUAAGGGUA